CCAACAUCCUGAGCCAGCACUGGGCUGGAAUGUGCCUGGACAGGGUUGAAUGAGACCAGGACAGAACCGGUCGGACAAGUAGGAGCAGAGGCUGGUGCUGGCGAAGCGAGAGGGAACCCGAGGAGGAGGUGCGGUACGAUGUUUCCACUGCUGACGGCUCUCACCACUCUGGCUGGAUACAUACUGGCCUCCGCUUGGUUUCUCCGUCACCCAUGGGUGCUCCACAGGAGGAAGAGACUGGUGUUUCAAGCCCGGCACAUCUCCCACCGUGGAGGAGCCGGAGAGCGGAUCGAGAACACGAUGGAAGCCUUCCAACAUGCUGCCGAAUGUGGAACAGACAUGCUGGAGUUGGACUGCUGCCUUACUCGGGAUGGGGAGGUUGUUGUGUCCCACGACACGGCCCUUGAGAGGCAGGCCGGCCUCGAGGUCAGAAUCCGGGAUGUCGACUACAAGGAUCUGCCCCCCUACAAGGAGCAGUUGGAAGUUACUUUUUACUCAGGACACUUCAGCACAGGGACAGAUCGACGGAUCCCACGGUUGGAGGAGGUUUUCCAGAACUUUCCAACACUCCCAAUCAAUGUCGAGAUCAAAGAGAAUGACCUAAUGCUGAUCCGCAAGGUGUCGGACCUGGUGAAGAGGUACAAGCGGGAACAGAUCACAGUGUGGGCCACUGAGAAAGACGAGAUCAUGCGGCAGUGUCACAGGGAGAACAGGUCAAUGCCGCGGGCGUUCACCAUGCACCGGAUGAUCUAUCUCCUGCUGGCCUACAUUUCCGGGAUCCUCCCAUUCCUGCCCCUCGGUGAGGCCUGCCUCGAGUGUCCCAUGCCAUCCAUCGUUGGCAGGUACUACAUCCCCAGGACUGGGCCCUUAAGCUUCCCUCUGCUCCCUCAGAUUCUCGACUGGUUACUGACCCGAAGGACCUUCAUUAAACACCUGGUGGAUAGAGGGAUUCAGGUUUACUUCUGGACACUCAAUGAGGAAGCGGACUACCGAAGGGCAUUCCUUAUUGGAGCCACUGGAGUGAUGACAGAUUUUCCCAGCAAACUCCGGAGAUUUCUGGACCAGAACCCUGAUCUCAGUCCUCAUCAGGAAAGCUCUGGAUGAGCUCUAUUCCCCUCACCUAGUUGUGUGUGGAUAAUAUUCCCUCUGUUCCCAACUUUCCUCACCUCUGUUCCCAACCUCACUCCCCUCUCCCACCUCCCUCCUCCCCCACCACUUACCCUUUCCCCUGCCUUUGCCCCUUUCCACCCUUUUCACUCCUCCUCCCCACUCCCUCCGUUUCUGCCGCCACUUCCCCUUGUCCUACUGUGGUGAACUACAUAUACCUGUCUGGACACGCCCCUCUGCUGACUACUCCUGUGGCUCCCCCUGUAUAAAGGCGAUUGGAGACACUGCUCCUCCCUCAGUCUCCAAGAUGUUGUGGUCACGUUUGCAGCUAAUAAAAGCCUAUCUUUUGCCUCCCGUAUCCAAGAGUUAUUGAUGGUGCAUCACCUACGUGCUCAGUAAAGUUCAGCGGCCUAUCCUUCUGUUGUGUACAAUCAUUUAUUUCCCCAAAGAAUUGGAGUCACGGAGGCGAGACGGGGAGGGGUUUGAUGAUAGUCCAUCACUCAAGCACAGACCUUGCUUUGGAAGAUUUCACAGAACAGGCCCUUCACCCCACAAUGUGCUGCCUAUCCUUUAACCACUAUAAAAUCAAUCUGAUGCAUCCCUCCAUUUUUCUAUCAUCCAUCUGCCUAUCUAAGAGCCUUUCAGUUGUCCCUAAUGUAUCUGCCCCUAUCAUUACCCCUGUGAGUACAUUCCACACUGUGUAAAAACAACAACCUAUAUCCCCCUAUACUUUCCUCCAAUCACUUUACACAGUAUGCCCCUUGUGUUAACCUUUUCUAGCCUGGGCAAAGGGUAGUGGCUGUUCUGUCUUUCAAUAUGGAUGUGGACCCCAAAAUUCCUCUGUUCCUUCACACCAGGGAUGGCCAAUCUAUGGGGCAUGCACCAAAAGUGGCGCAUUGCACACCAGUGAUAAUAAUACAAAAAUCAGCCUACUCAUGCAGAAAAGUAUUAACCAAAAACUGAUUUGUAGAAAAAAUAGCUUAGAGCUAGAAAUGGGUUUUACUGAGAAUAAAUCUAAAAUUUAGCAAUUAUUUUUAGUGAUAUUAUUUCAUGCACAUCUUUUGGUGAAUGUUAUCUUCUUUCACAGUAAUCUGUUUUCAAUUUAAAAAUGUUCAAGGAAUCAAACUAGGAAAGAAAGACUUUUGUUCUUCAGUCAUUGCAUAAUUGUUCAAUACACGUUUGAUACUUUUUGCCAGUCAGUUUACAAUUGACACUCAUGCGCUAUGGAGUUGUGCUUUGUUCAUCCUUUGUGAACGUUUGCAGUUUUGUACUUUUUCUAAAAUUAAGCCUUUUUUUUACAUUCAGUUACCCAUCAUAGUGCAAACAAAAAGCAGAAAGUGAUAGUAAGCAUGAAUUCAAUGAACAGUGGGAAAAUGAAUUCUUAUUUAUAGCGGGUCCGUCAGGAAAACCGUUGUGCAUUGUUUGUGAAAACACUUUCACACAUAAUAGAUCUUAAUAGACACAAUAAAACACAACAUCAGACUGAAAUAGGAAAACUGAAGCUAGUGCUUGGGUCUGAGUUACGGAAAGAAUAUGUGAUUAAGAAAAAGGAAGAAAUCAAAAGAAGAUUUGUUAUAAGUCUCAUUAUGUAAUGUUUAUCUUGUUUUUAUAUUAAAUCAAUAUAUCAUGUAAAAAUGCUAAA